AUGCAAACGAAUCGUACCCAUACCACAGAUACUAAAGGUGCAACCAACGCCCAUAUAUACCACAGUGGUACAAGUAAUAGUACUGAUAAUGACCUUGGGGCUGGAGACUCGGGUAAGGCGGAGGUUAUGUUAGAAUGCGCACAGUCUAUGGAUACCAUAUCUGAAGAAGUAGAAUCUUCGGCCACCGAUAUGACAUAUACUGGUGACACCCUGAGGGAUAUGAACCUUGCCAGUGAGGCGGAAACACUACCGAAGACUGGUCGAGAGAAUGGGCUGAAGCUGGUUAACUCCUCAUGGGAGACCGUACGCGAUAUGGACACAACUGGUGACAGAAUAAACACAACUGCCACCACCGCCCAUGCCAAGUUAGUGAAGACGGCCAGUGUGGGGAAUAAGGAAGAGAGUGUCGGUGCGGCAAAGGUGGAGUUGGCGCUGCUGUAUACCAAUCGAGGGUUGUGCCACUCGAAAUUGGAUGCCUACAACCGCGCACACAAAGACUGGUAUCGAGCCAUUGAGAUCAACGUGUCCGACCUCAAGCCUCUGGUCAGUUUGACAAAGCUACAGAUGCGUCUGGGCGAACUCAGGAUAGCCAAAAUCCUCUGCACGGACGGUCUAGCGCUGUGUGAGAAGUAUCCUACAGAGCGCAACCAGAGUUUCUUGAAGGAUCUAGCGUCAUGCCACAUCCUACUAGCAAGGUUGCAACAGGCGCACAAGGCCGUCUCGAGCUGGUGUGCGGAGACCUUUGAGAUAAACCUCACUGGAAACGAUGGCGAUGGAGAUAGCGCACAGGCACUAAACACUGUAGAGAGUGACAUAGUUCUGCUCAAGCAGCAUUGUCCGGAGAGUGUGCUGUACAAACUGUUCCACGUGCGGUGUUUGGGCCAUGGCAUGGUCAAGUACGAUGAGGCUGUGGAACUAGUUGAGGAGUUAGUCAUGAGGUGUGUAUCAAUGGUGUGGGGGUAG